AUUCUGAUUUUUGAUAUUUUUAUAAUUAUAUAAAAUGUAAAUAUUGUUAAUUUAUUAUUUAACCGCCGUUGUAUUUGAUUGUUAACCAGUCAUAAGUAUCCCGCAAACGCAUCAAUUUCUAACCACAGAACCAGUCGUACAAAUCUCUUAAAACCGCUAGAAACCGCAACCUCCCGCAUCCGCAAACGCUCGCAGCCGCAAACGCAGCCGCUGCGUUUGAACCAGUCAGACCCUUACUCACAUUUUCUACGUAAUAAACGCACUCUUCAUCAUUCACUUUUCCAGAGUAACAGAGAAAAGCUUAUACUAUAAAUAUCUCCACUUCUAUCGAUGAGCAGCACUGAUUCGACGAGAUCCAGAAGAAUAGUCUUUUCACUUACUGAUCACUGCGAUGGCGAAUUCCUUUACCCUCCUUGCAGAUUUGAAAGCUGGACAUGCUCCUCAUCGGCGAGAAUUUAACGCUUAUGCAAGGAUCUGUUAGUUCGAAGUAUCACUUCAGGUUCAGAAACCGUCUCACUGAAGGAUCUGUCUACAGUUUAAGCGGGUUCGAUGUUACGCGCAGAAACCCCAAUUUCAGGUUGUCUGAUGCUCCCUCUCCAUACGGUUCAAUGAUGAAACCUACCGGAGUCCGCUAGGCCCAUACCUACUGAGCUGUUCUGAUUACGACCAUACAAUCAGUUACUUGAACUGGCAAACACCAGCAAACAGCUCCUUGACAUGAUUGGUGAGCUAAAUGCAAUCCGGAGUACAAUCACCGAUCGUAUACCGGGGGCACAGUGUGUAAUUCUUACACUGCGUCUACAAAGUGGUGAUAACGUCUGUGUUAGUAUGUUUGACUCUAUGGCUCUUGCGUUUCAUAGCAAACUUGAGAGCUGCGGGAAAGAAUCCAAAAUUGUGCUUGCCACAAGCGUAAAUCCUAAGAUAGUUGGGGAUAAAUUUACAAAAUCAUUACAGCACCACCAUGGCAAAAAAGGUGAAGAACAUAGUGGAACUACAGAAAAGACCAAAAGAGAAUCUUUAUCUAAGCCAAAGAGACAUAAGGGAGCUGAAAUGUUUCCUUUUCUUCUUGGCCGUGAUUACAGUCUGGAUGUCUUUGUCGAUAAGCCGGAAUACCUCAGCUGUGGAGAGGGAGAUUUUGUUGUGAAUGACGUUAUUGCGCUGCUUCCACAGAUGAAAAACAAUAGCUUGGUAAGUGAGUCUACGAAGAAUUACGAGAGGAGAGGAGUGUGGCCCUCCCUCUAUUCCACGACAGUAAUUACGAGGCGGGUUAUUUCUGAAUGCUACUUAUGCCACACAUCUCUAUUUUGACUCUGAGACUGCCGCAGGAAAAGAAGUGUUUGACAGCUUGCGAGGUCAUGGAGCAGACCAGAAAGCGUCCUCAUCAAAGGUUGUUCAUGCAUAGAAGAUUGAGCCACUUUCCGCUGCUGAGCUUAAUAAAUUUAUAGUCACGGCUGAUUCUCAGGUUGAGUCUUGUCCACUAAAAAUUUGGAUAACUUGAGAUUAAUUUUCGACUUUGUUAACUUCUUCUAGACUUGACAGAUAAUUGAGUUUCUCUGCACGGCUAGAGUGACUGGUAUCCUGAUGACGGUUGGUGUUAUAUUGGCUGCUCCGGGUCUUCCAUAUCUUUAUUUGAAGUUAAUCUUUGUUAUAACUGAGCGAGAUCUUGCACCGAUGCCAGCCUUUGUUAACUGUUUGUUCCUUAUCUUAAUAUGAAGUUACUGAAUUUGCGCUGCUUGCAUUAUAUAAUAUCUGUGUUCGUAACAUUAUUAAUAGGAAGGUGCAAAGAUCCCUGAAUAAGCGCUGCCUGAAGUUAUUGCACUAGGAAUAGAUGCCAAAGUUGGCAAGACUUGCAAUGAUGCUUCUACAGCAAAGCGUGCACCAUCGAGCAAAGAACAAGUCGCUGAGAAAUCCCGUGUGGAAUGAGUCCACUACAAAACUUAAGCAACCACAGCUUCUUUUUUUUUUCAAAUUAUGCUUUACUAUCUUUCCUUUUCAUUUAAAACUAUUUCUCUUUUGUUUUUAAAUGUUUAACUAGAUUUUGAAUUUUUGUUUUUUUUUCAAUUGACAAAUAUUUAGUAAAUGUCACAUUUUCAUAUAUUUGUGUUUUAUUUUAUAAAAGACUUAAAAAUUUUAUCUUUA